AUGGCCCAGAUUGAGGACAGAGACGUUCUGGAGCGUCGGAGUCGAGUUGUAGAAUGGCUUGUAUCUAAGGAUUACGCCGACGAACAACAGCUAUACUGCGACCAGAGAGAACCCAUGACCUGUGCUUGGUUUCUCGAGUGCGCAGAGUACAAUGAGUGGCUGGAUACCAAGUCCAAAGUCCUCCUUUGUACUGGAGGGCCCGGUGCGGGCAAAACUCUCCUGACCUCAGCUGUCGUUAGCAAUCUGCAAGAACUUAAACAACAACGCCUCCCUGUCGGCUCCGAUCGACCCAGAGUGGGGAUUGCAUACGUAUACUUCAGGGAGCAGACCGUCCAGUCUUCCUCAGAGGACGCCUUCAUUCAGAGUCAAGAAGGCAUCUUCAGAAACAUUCUUGGUCAACUCCUCUCGGAUCUGCCGGCUACGGAAGAUGCUAUGCUGUUCCUCGCGCCUUCUCGAAAGCUCUACGAUACCUACCUUCUACACCAAGGCGCUCGACAGCCCGGUCUCAGCGACGUUGUGGAUGCAUUUCGUGAGACUGCAGCCUGGUACGACCAUGUGUUCGUUGUACUCGAUGCCCUGGACGAAUGUCCUGUCGAGAGCAGGCACUUCCUAUUGUCACUCGUCCACGCGCAAGCAAAGGUCGACGCGCGCAUAUUCGCUACCUGCAGAACAGACACAACUAUUCCGCAGCUUGUUUUGGACACGUGCACCUCUCGUGGUGUGAGGGCCAGUGACGCAGAUAUCGAAAGAUACCUGAAAGCCAGACUUCCGGAGCUGAGCCAUGUGCUGUCCCGCAAUCACCAUCUGGAGCCGCAGGCUGUCCAAGAAAUAACGGCCAAGUCAAACGGAUCGUUCCUGCUAGCUAGAGUCUACAUGGACAUACUGGCAACGGGAACAGAGACAGAUAGUGUCCUCAAGGAAAAGGUUUUCCGCUUCAGAUCAGGUGGUGAAGACCAUUCAGCUCUUUUCGCCGCCUAUGACGGAAUCAUCGACAUGAUCAACGGCCAGAAUUCGAAUCAAGACGGGCUAACUCACAGAGCCCUGGCUGCGGUGGCAUUUUCUCCCUUGGCUCUUAGGGAUCUCCAGCUCAGACACGCACUCGCACUCAGUGACGAGGCGGGAAGGUUAGAGGAAGAAAUGAGCGAGUAUCUGCGAUCCAAGGACGAAUUCCUGCGCAAGGCCAACGGACGGAUGGCUGCGAGCUGCAUUUCAUACCUCCUCUUUCGGGACUUUUCCAGCGGGCCCGUCAUGGACAACAGAUGGAAAGAAAAGAAAGCACUGAACGAGCUCGUCCGCGACAACCAGCUCUUGAGAUACGCGUCCUCUGCCUGUCCCAGCUACCUCUCACGAGCCAAUCCGGAGGUCAUUUUGCAACUUCUUCGCCGCCUUGCAGAGCAUCCACAGAACCUCCGAUUGUCCUUCCAAGUCCAUAUUAUGGCGCGGGGUAGGCUUUUUCCCAAGGCUCUCACCAUCACCCAUAUUGUCAGUCACAUGGGUAGUCCUGAUUUUAUUCCCGUCCUCAAACGCGCGGGGUGUCUUGAUUGCCGGACUAAGGACAGCAACGGACGGACGGCACUACACUGGGCCGUAUGUCGCCAGGACGGUCUUGCCGAAGACAUGGCCAAGACACUUCUAGAUUUCGGAUGCGAGGUCAAUGCUGUCGAUAAAGACGCGAGGUCCCCUCUCAGCUACGUAGCUGAAUACGGUAACCACGAGCUCGCUAGGCUUCUCUUGAAGAGGAAAGCCAGGACAGAGACGAGUGGAAAUUCCCUCUCUCCUCUGGCACAGGCUUGCGCCUGCGGCCACGCCAAGGUCGCUCAGGUGCUUCUGGAGCACGGCGCAAAAGUGAACGCCAUAAGUGGACAGCGCAGACAAACUCCUCUCGGCGCGGCUAUUUCAGGAGACUCUGAAGAUUUCUGUUGGAGCAACACGCCGAGGCAGACGCAGAAAGAGGCCCUGUUCGGAACCGCCCUCGACGCCGCUUUACGCAACCGAAACCGAGACGUUAAGUUGUUGUUGGAGGAAUACGGUGCCACACAAUACACAAAGGAGUUUGAGCCUCCACCCACGUCAUUGCCGACAUCAAAAGACCCGUUCAUAUGGGAUGCGAUCGGACGGUACGGCGGCCAUUUCCUCGCGCAGGUCGCUGUUGGAAACGACAAAAAGAUCCAACAACACAUUGAUAUGAAGGUGGCCCUCUUCAAGACCGCGAUUAAGAAUAAGAACCUGACAAGCAUCCGAUUCCACACUGACUUUUCCGCGAUGGCUUUCAAGGCUCUCGUGAAGCAAGCGAGAAAAGACAUGGAGAGAGAGGAGGACAUCCGAAACGGUAACGCACCUGCUGCUCGUUCUGAAAGUAGUAGGUUCAGGACAGCCCUUUUGGGGUCUUGCCUUGCUCCCAUUCUGAACUUCUUCGUUUGGUCCCGAGUUCGUGAAACGGAACGACGGCAAGACAACGAAGCUCACGCCAUCAGUUCUGCUACCGACAAGCUCGACUUGAUCGUGUCGGCAGCUGUGCGAAUUCUGAGCGAUGCCAUUGAGGAUGGAGAUGACGCCAUAGUACAAAUGCUCUCGCGAAGUUGGGUGGAUGCUCUAAAGAGCAUGUUUGCUGAGGACUUCAACGACAACAUGGCACAGGACCUCGUCACAAAUCGCGCCAGGGAAUUUGAAGGCUUCUUUCGCGACGGGGAUAUGGACAAGGCGAACCUAAUGGCUAAGCUUGCAUUGGAGCUCAUGUCGGCCGCCAUUCAGGGGAGCAAGAUGGAUGACCGAGGUAAAGAACGAGAGAAACUGGCGAUAGCACUAUCCGAUAUCUGGUCCCUCACGUUGCGAAACGUGAUCAAGAACAGUGGCGGCAGCCCCUUUGCCGAGGAGGCUGCCUACCAGCAGCUAGAGGACUUCCUUCAGAGGAUCAAGAAAGAAAUCACCCAAGAGAUCAAAGAGGGGAACUGGGAGUACAUUCGCAGAAUAGGACCCUGCUGUGUCGAAGUUCUGGUUGGCCUCGUAGCUGACAAUAAUAUUCGCGCUGCUGACAUAGUAGCCCGGAUCCUUGUCGAAGGAUGGCAGUUUGCUAUCGACGAGAAGAUGGACGAGAUCGACACCAUCCUUAUCAGGGAGCUCGAGCAAGAGUUUAAAGCAGCCGUCAGGGACCUCGCCGAAGACUCAAACGCGGGGCUCGAGAUGACCAGGCCUUGGGUGAUGGCCGGUGCGCUGGUCAAAGUCCUUCAUGCCGCCGUGCGUUACAACAGUGCGCCUAUCAAGCAGAAAAUAUCACAGUUGAUUCUUUCCAACCUCUCGGCGUUGCAAAGCAGCACUUCUCCGGAGUUCAUAGCCCGUGUCCGCACUUACCUGGUCGACAUCAUCCCCGUGUGGUGCGAGGUUGAUGAGAACCCGAUUUACCUCUUGGAGUCGGGCGUGGCCAUGCUCUUGGCAAUGCACGAGACGGGCUAUUUUGCCACCUACUCGGAGGAGGGCGCCAGAAGAGUUCUCGCAAACGGCCUUUGUGAGCCCUCGGAUGGGCUGACGAAGCUGGAGGAGCGGGUGAGACAGGUUUUGGGGGACCCGGCAAGUCGCGACGAUGCCGCCCGGAUUAAAGAUACCAUUAGACAACUGCAAAAGCAUCUUGGGGCCCAUGGCGACAAGAUACUACCGGGGCUGAGAAUGUUCCCGCGGUGGCAUCCGUCAUGCUCGAGGAGCAUGCGUGGUUUCGAGAGCGUGCCACGUCCCUCCAGAGAGAAGGGAUUUGCCCUGUGUUUCUAA